GUAGUUAAGGUUCCUCACUCAGUAACGGCUAUUAUGGAAUAUAGAGGACAUCAUUGGUUCACAAAUAGCCGUAUGUUAAAAUAUCAAACCUUAUUAUGUGAAAACCCUCGAAUCAAGUUACAGGUUUGCAGUACAUUAAAUCCUGCUUCACUCCUGCCUAUUGAAGGAGAAUUGCUUCAACAUAAUUGUUUGGAAACUAUGGAUGAGAUAUAUUCCAGUAGGCCUGACCUAAAAGAUCAACCUUGGCCUAAGGCGGAUGCCACUCUUUUUACAGAUGGAAGCAGUUUUGUUGAAAAUGGACAAAGGUAUGCUGGAUAUGCUGUAGUAACUGCAACCACUGUAUGGGAGGCAGAACCACUUCCUCUAAACACAUCAGCUCAAAAGGCAGAACUGAUAGCCCUAAUUAGAGCUCUUGAAUUGUCAGAAGGAAAAACAGUCAACAUUUAUACAGAUUCAAAAUAUGCAUUUACUACUCUGCAUGCACAUGGAGCUUUAUAUAAAGAAAAGGGACUGUUAAAUUCUGCUGGGAAAGAAAUACGACAUAGUGAGACCAUUCUGAGAUUGCUAGAUGCUGUCUGGAUUCCUGCUAAAGUAGCAGUGAUGCAUUGUAAAGGACAUCAAUAUGGCGAGGAUCCUGUGACCUUUGGAAACUGGUAUGCUGACACUACCGCAAAGGCCGCGGCCCGAAAGGGACGAGGACAAGAGCCGGUCAUGGCCCCUUUGCAGCUGUCAAAGUGGAAGGAAUCAAAGCCUGGAUCCAUUACACCAGAAUAAAAAAGGCACCACCUGAGUGGACUGCGACUCCUGAGCCAAAAGAUCCCCUGAGACUUCAUAUCGUCGAACCGACAGCGC